GCCAGAGACGAGAAGAGAGGAGGGGAGGUCUCCUCCGCCGCCGCCAUCUUGGACCGGGCCCGGUCAGCUUCCGCGGAGCCAUCGGCAGACGCCGCGGCCUCCCUUGAGCCCCGACCCCCGUCGUCAGAACAACCCCGGGCCCACUCCCCUAACCCCACUUCCGCUUCGCGCCGCUAUCGCGAUAGCGCCCGGGCCCGGGGCGCGAGAAAAAGGCGGCGGGCGCUCGCCUCCCCCGCCUGUCGCGAUACGCUCCUCAGCGGCGGCGCCAGCUCCUGUGCGUCCGUCUCCAAGAGAGUAUGAAGAGAGUGUGUCUGUAGGGCAGGGAAGAUGGCGGACAAGCGCAAACUCCAAGGUGAGAUUGAUCGCUGCCUCAAGAAGGUGUCCGAGGGCGUGGAGCAGUUUGAAGAUAUUUGGCAGAAGCUCCACAAUGCAGCCAAUGCGAACCAGAAAGAAAAGUAUGAGGCUGACCUGAAGAAGGAGAUUAAGAAGCUACAACGGCUGAGGGACCAGAUCAAGACAUGGGUAGCGUCCAACGAGAUCAAGGACAAGAGGCAGCUUAUAGACAACCGCAAGCUCAUUGAGACGCAAAUGGAACGGUUCAAAGUUGUGGAACGAGAGACCAAAACCAAAGCUUACAGCAAGGAGGGCCUGGGCCUGGCCCAGAAGGUAGAUCCUGCCCAGAAGGAGAAGGAAGAGGUUGGCCAGUGGCUCACGAAUACCAUCGACACGCUCAACAUGCAGGUGGACCAGUUUGAGAGUGAAGUGGAGUCACUGUCAGUGCAGACACGCAAGAAGAAGGGCGACAAGGAUAAGCAGGACCGGAUCGAGGGCUUGAAGCGGCACAUCGAGAAGCACCGCUAUCACGUGCGCAUGUUAGAGACCAUCCUGCGCAUGCUGGACAAUGACUCCAUCCUCGUUGAUGCCAUCCGCAAGAUCAAGGACGACGUUGAGUACUAUGUUGACUCAUCCCAGGACCCUGACUUCGAGGAGAACGAGUUUCUCUAUGAUGACCUGGACCUCGAGGACAUUCCACAGGCGCUGGUCGCCACCUCCCCCCCCAGCCACAGCCACAUGGAGGAUGAGAUCUUCAACCAGUCCAGCAGCACGCCCACCUCGACCACCUCCAGCUCUCCCAUCCCGCCCAGCCCAGCCAACUGUACCACGGAAAACUCUGAAGAUGAUAAGAAGAGGGGACGUUCCACAGACAGUGAAGUCAGCCAGUCUCCAGCCAAAAACGGCUCCAAGCCUGUCCACAGCAACCAGCACCCUCAGUCCCCAGCUGUGCCGCCCACCUACCCCUCCGGCCCCCCGCCUGCUGCCUCUGCCUUGAGCACCACUCCUGGCAACAAUGGGGUCCCCGCCCCAGCAGCACCCCCAAGUGCCCUGGGCCCCAAGGCCAGUCCAGCUCCCAGCCACAACUCGGGCACCCCUGCUCCCUAUGCCCAGGCUGUGGCCCCACCAGCUCCCAGUGGGCCCAGCACGACCCAGCCCCGGCCCCCCAGCGUCCAGCCUAGCGGAGGCGGUGGAGGCGGCGGCGGAGGCGGAGGGAGCGGCAGCAAUAGUAACAGCAGUGCCGGUGGAGGGGCUGGCAAGCAGAAUGGCGCCACCAGUUACAGCUCAGUUGUGGCAGACAGCCCAGCAGAGGUGGCUUUGAGCAGCAGUGGGGGCAACAAUGCCAGCAGCCAGGCCCUGGGCCCCCCUUCUGGCCCCCACAACCCACCUCCCAACACCUCGAAGGAACCCAGUGCAGCAGCCCCAACGGGGGCUGGGGGCGUGGCCCCAGGCUCAGGGAACAACUCAGGGGGACCCAGCCUCCUGGUGCCACUGCCUGUGAAUCCUCCCAGCUCCCCAACGCCCAGCUUCAGCGAUGCCAAGGCAGCCGGUGCCCUGCUCAAUGGGCCUCCACAGUUCAGCACCGCCCCGGAAAUCAAGGCCCCUGAGCCUCUGAGCUCCUUGAAGUCCAUGGCGGAACGGGCAGCCAUCAGCUCUGGCAUCGAGGACCCUGUGCCAACGCUGCACCUGACUGAGCGAGACAUCAUCCUGAGCAGCACAUCAGCACCUCCGGCCUCAGCCCAGCCGCCCCUGCAGCUGUCAGAGGUGAACAUACCGCUGUCGCUGGGUGUCUGUCCACUGGGCCCUGUGCCCCUCACCAAGGAGCAGCUCUAUCAGCAGGCCAUGGAAGAGGCCGCCUGGCACCACAUGCCUCACCCCUCUGACUCUGAGCGUAUCCGGCAGUACCUCCCCCGGAACCCCUGUCCGACGCCCCCCUACCACCACCAGAUGCCACCCCCACACUCGGACACUGUGGAGUUCUACCAGCGCCUGUCGACCGAGACACUCUUCUUCAUCUUCUACUAUCUGGAGGUACAGCAGGGCCCCCGGGGCAGCCUCGGGCCCCCCGGCUUCGCCGCCACCGCCGCCGUCCCCCCUCGGGCUGGAGGGGUGAGGGCACUAAGGCACAGUACCUGGCAGCCAAGGCCCUAAAGAAGCAGUCGUGGCGAUUCCACACCAAGUACAUGAUGUGGUUCCAGAGGCACGAGGAGCCCAAGACCAUCACUGACGAGUUCGAGCAGGUGAGGGCCCCGCCCCCUCUCUUCCCGCUGCUAGGGUUGGGGUAGAGUCCCCAGGCUCCAGGCAGCCCCUGGUGGCCUCUGCUCCCUCGCCUCCACCUUUCAGCUGGCGCAGUCCCUCAACUUGACCAAGUUCUCGUCCCUCUGGCUGUCUGCUCAGCCUGGAACACUGCCCUCUCAUCCUCCACUUGGCCAGCUCCUAGGCCUCCUGUAGGUCUCAGCCCAAAUGUCCCUUCCUCAAAGAAGCCUUCCUGGAGCCACCCAGCCCAGUGCCUCCCCCUCGCAGUGCUGGGCACACUCGCUUGGGGUGUGGGAUUUCCCAGUAUGUGUCCCUGCGCCAGGCUGUGGGCUCUGCUGCCCAGGGACCUUGAUGCCCACUUCACUCCAGGUCCCAGCACUCAGCAGGGCAGGGGCUCAGUGGGGAAACUAGUUUUUUUGAAUGGGCUUCUCAAGUUCUAAUACUGGGAAAUUCCUGCUGCUUGCAAACACUCUGGAGCCAACCUACCUGGGUUUGAGCCCAGUCUAGCUGGGUGACUCUAGGCAAGUCACUCGAAACUCUGUGUCUCAAUUUCCUUAUCUGUAAAAAUGGGGGGAAGAAGACCUACCUAAUGCAGUUGUUAUGAAGAUUAAAUGAGUUAAUAACAUGUAAGUACUUAAUGGUGACUGCUACAUAGUCAGUGUCAUGGAUUUUUUUUUUCAAAUUACUUUCAGUUGGUGUGUUCUACAGUGAUGUUUUUUUCCACCAAAUACUUCCCUGAUGCCGAGCCCCUUCAUGGGGAUGAAGUAUUACAAGGUCCUUGUCCUCAGAGAACUCAGUCCCCUCUCCUGGUUCUCCCAGGUUGCCAUCUUUGAAGCAUUUAAGACAUUCAUUUAGAACCUAGCUCCUCUCCCAUUGUGUCCUCAGACGUUAACCACAGACUUCCUGUCCUUUCCUGGUUUGACCCGAAACCAUCCUCCAACUUAGUACAUUUCAGGGCAUCCAGUCAUUCAGAAAUUCCCACACCACUUCCGUCACCAAUAAAAUGUCCCUGCAGAGUGCUUGGAUUUAGACUGUGAGACUGUUCCAUUCUCUAGAACAAGGGUGACAGUACCCGCUGCCUCGAGGUCUUUGUGAAGAUUAAAUGCUAGGCUGUGCAUCCUGUACUCACACGUGAGAGGUGCUCAAAAGCCACAGCCCUCGAGGAAACGAAGGCUGUGCACUCACACCUGGGGCUGGGGCCCCGCUCUGGCAGCUGGCUCCGGUGGAACCUCUCUGCGGCCCCCUCCGUUUCCUCCUCGCUGAAGUGGCGUGAUAACAUUUCCUACCCAAGAAGAACCUCGUGAGGGUGGAUGAGAGUGUGCGCGUGCAGGGCAGCUGGCCCGGUGCCUGACACAUCCACAGCCCUAAGAAUUGUCCCCUUUGUCUGUUGGUCCGGCCCAGAUCCCAGACCACCUCCUCGUCCACUCACUGACCGCCUUCUCCCCCGGCCAGGGCACCUACAUCUACUUUGACUACGAGAAGUGGGGCCAGCGGAAGAAGGAAGGCUUCACCUUUGAGUACCGCUACCUGGAGGACCGGGACCUCCAGUGACACCGGCCCCUCCCUCUACCCACCCCCUUCCCCCGCAUGCUGAUCCCCCUGCCCAGGUGAGGGCCCUGCCCUGGAAGACUGGAGGGAGGCCCCAAGCCACGGGGCAUCCCCCUCUCCCAGGAAGCAGGGAGGGGGCCGGGAGGUUUUCCUCUCAGCCCCACCCUGGGGGCCCGGGGGCGAGGGCUGCCCCCUCCUCCCCUCCCCAGUGAGGGACAUUUUUUGGUAAACCUAUUUUCAUUUUGGAAAAUAUUUAUGAAUAAAUAGUUUUAUAUGA